GUGAUUGUAGUUCGUAGUGGUGUAAAACCGUGUGGUGUUAACUUAAUUAUAAAAGCUAAGGUGGAGUCUUCCGUAACUGCCUAUGACGUCUUAAUUAUGCGCCUGCGCUCCCACGACAAGCAGCACUCCACUCGCAGCAACAUAACAAAUGUGGGGUCAGAAUGCUCGAAAGUCAAUGUCACGGGGUUUACGGGCAAACGGGCCACAAUGAAACACCUUUAAAACGGGGCCUUCGUUACAGUUGAAACUAUAGAAGCGAUCCACAGUAAGGCAGAGAUCUUCAGGGUCUCUUGACAUCCCUCCAAAAUUUAUGGCUGUCUGUAGAUCAUACAUGUCAACCUACAUCUAUAGACUGUUGGAGCUGGCCACACGUGCUUCCUGUUGUCCGAUCAUCACAAGUCGAUCUUGUUUACCAAGGGCACAAUGUGUGGCUCCCGGGGGCCCCGUGAUACACAGAAGAGUUUACAGCCUUGAUUCGCUGGCCUCCGGUCCCGGUCGACCAACAUUUGGUGCAAACUCACAGCAGCCCUUAGUUGACAGGGUGUCCUCCUCAGCGCUUGCACACAGAAACCUGUCUGCUGUGGCUAUUAAGGGUCAGUGUCGUCCUCUAAGCUUUUAUGAUUUUCUGGAUCUCGGUGACGCUGAGGACAAUGUACGUCACGCUCGAACAUGUAAAAAAUCCAGACGCUUCAUAGUGGACCCAGAGUUGGCUAAGCUGGUAGCACAGCACCUUGGACCUGACUUACAAAGCGCCAAGACUGUUGUCCUCGAAUGUAACCCAGGCCCUGGUGUGUUGACCAAGACCUUGCUCAACGCUGGCGCUCAAAGAGUUGUGGCUCUUGAGUCUGAUAAAAACUUCUUUAACGAUUUGCAGGCAUUGGAAUGCAGUCUUGAUGGUCAGCUGGAAGUCGUACAUUGCGACUUCUUCAGAAUUGACCCAGUCUGGGUUCAAAACAACAAACCGCCAGUUAUGUUCUCUGACAAACUCUUCACUGACCUGGGAAUAACAGAGGCCAAUUGGACGGAAGAUUUCCCGGUAAAGGUUGUGGCCAUCGUGCCGCAGCGCAAUGAGCGUGCCACCCUGCUUAAGUUGGUUUAUGCGUUGUUUGAACGACUGUCCAUCUACAGAUAUGGAAGAAUAGAGCUCAACCUCUUUAUGAGUGAGCGCGAAUACAUGACUAUGGUGGCCCCUCCUGGUAAAAUGAGGCACUACAGAGCGCUCAGCGUCCUCUGGCAGAUGGCCUGUCAUAUUGAACUACUUCACAAGGAGCCCUGGGAGUCGUUUGUGACAUCCAGACAGAGUGUACCUCCUUCCAAAGGCCUUCUUCCCAACGAUCACAUGUGCCUAGUUCGUCUGCGUCCACGAGCCAACUUGUUCUCUGGGGGGCUGACGCCUGCAAAUGCCUCUACCCUGAUGGUGAUGGUCAAACAGUGUUUGGCCAAAAGGAAGGAAAAGCUCAUUAAAAAGCUGAAUCUCUGGUCACCUGACAGUGGAAGUAAAUUGUUGUUCGAGAUGGCACUUCCGGAGGAUAUCCUGACUGGUCACCUUAACGCCAGGCAAUAUCUUCAGUUAUUCCAGCUAAUGGACAAGAGUCAGGAGUUCACUCAGAGUUGGCUUUAUGAAGAAAUCAUGGAGAACUCGGAGAGAGAAGGAUGGGGCUGAUGUCUGUCUGUACCCAAGUAAAUGUUUUCAGUCAACUGUAAAACCUCUGUAUAAUUUAUAAGCAGUGUAAUAUAACGAUGAUUAUAAUAUCAAACAAAGUGAAACUACCAUAAAUGUAUACAGCAGAACAAUUGACCACUAUCAUAUUCUAUAAUGUGGCAAACUACACUUCAUAAUGUGGUGACCUGCAUGAUUGAAAACCUACUAAAGCAUCAUGCAGUUGAAAGUUUUCAAGUAUGCUUGAAGACAAUUUUAUAAGUAGAAUUUUUGUUCAUUGUCACGCUUGGAAAAUUUCGAGGAUGUAUACAUGCGAAACUUUUUUUAAUGGCUUUAUUACAGUAGCAAGUCCAGAAUAAAAUAUCUCAGAUUUGCUGAUCUAAUAUGAUUUCUGUACUGUAUACUUUUAGUUGAGCAUUUCACAUUUUUAUAUAGUUCGAUGUUUGUGGGCCGUACAAUGAAUCAAAUGUGCUUUUCGACUUGGACUUGGUUUUGAUCGCACAAAUUCUGACAUUACACCUCAUGUUUUUAGAAACGCCCGCCGUAUCUUGUGACAGUCCAUGUCAUCUUGUUCAAUGUUUGACAUAAUAUAUUUCAAGGAAAUUAAAAAGUUUUGAAUGA